AUGGAGCAUGUCAAGAAGAUGGACGUUAUCAAUGUCACCACCUUUCCAAUGAUCCCAAUAGAUGAGCACCUGUCACUCUCACUCAGUGCACGGCAGGCUAUGGAGAGCACCCUGAGGAAGAAUUUACAGGACCAUCCACCCUCAUGCCUUGUUGGCUCCAUGCACCAGGCAAACCAAAAGAUGGCUGAAGUAGACGUGAGAUUCAACAUGAUGGCUAACAGCCUGGCAAUUGAGAAAUAUGAAUUGGAGAAGAGUGCUUUAAAAGAGAAAAGUCGCAGCGGCCCAGCAGACAGAGUCAAGAAACCAAGAAAAGAGCCCUUUUCCUGCAAAGGCUCCGAAGUCCGGAAUUCCAAGUCUGCCCUGAUGAAAAGGAAAACAGCAGAUAAAAAUCUUCUGGCAGAGCUGCACCAGCCCCCCCAAUUCAAUGAAAAGAGGCCCAACAAGCUUCCCAAUGGGAUGGACUUCUGUAACAUGGUGGGCAACGUGGUCCGGGCUGAGAAAAACCCCUAUAGUGGGAAGUCUUUCUGUUCAGAUAAAGAAUUAGAGAAGUUUCUUUCUUCUCCUUUUCCGAGAGCCAUAUGGCUGGAUAGCUUUUGGUGGAUAUUUCAUAACAGGUACCAGCCAAACAAGGAGAUCCAGAAUAAACUGUUCGACCGGAUAGCCAGACACUAUGCCUUUCUUUUGUUCCAACUACCCAGGUCCCACUAUGAAGAGGCACUCUUAAAAAAAUUGCCGUCACUUCUGAGCAAAGCCUUGUACACCAGCUUCUGCUGCUGCUUCCCCCAGUCCUGGUUCAACACACACGAAUUCAAGUCUGACAUCUGUAACACCAUGAGCCUGUGGAUUGCAGGGACAUACCCUUGCCCGCAGAGCUAUAACAGCUGGGACUACUCGGAACUGGAUCCAGAGAGGUUCCGAAGAGAGGAGUUGAUGUUACAGAGAAGAAGGAUGAUAAAGGGAAGAGAGUUUUCCGUCUUCGUUUGUAAGAGAACCUUCUCCCACAAGCCACUCCGGAGUGGAAAAUCCCACCACCUCCCUCAGUCUUCAACCAGUGAGAAAGACUCUUCAGUAAAGGUGACUUCAGAAGAAGGGUCACAAUCCCAGAGUACCACCAAAGAGUAUCACAACUUGAGGAGAGCUACAGUCCAGGUCAAGAGGAUAUCAGAAACCAGAGAAUGUGUGAAUAUGUUUUUUAAAGAGUCCUGCCCUGCCUGCAAAAGCCCCGAGAUGACUUCAAACCUCUUCAACCUGUACGGGAAGAGCCCACUAAUUGUCUACUUCCUCCUCAACUACUUCCAACUGUAUCAACACGGCCAGGAUGUGUUGAUAGUCAGGAGGGAAAUGACCAAGUCCACUGACUCCACCCCGACCUAUGAUGACGUCAUCAACCUGACCCUGAGGAAUGUGAACACACGGAGGAAGAAAUUCAACCAGCUGAACCGGCUGCACUGGAAAGAAUGGAAUUAUUUUGAUCGUAACCUGAAGGAACUGCAGGACAACUUCCUGAGGGACAUGAAGAAUAUUGACAAAAUAGCAGCAGAUAAGAAAAAGGCCAGCCAGAUGUUCAUCCCACCCUCAUUCCUUCUGGAGGAACAACAUGAAAGGAAAUCUAGAGGGAGCCAUCAGAGAGAAAGGGCGUUUCUUUUAAGGAAGGGAAAGAAGAAGGAGGAGGAGAAGUGGAAGUUUCCUCAGUCUCUCCACAUGUUUCCAAGCCCUGGGGAGCUCUAUUCUCUGGGCCCAGGAAGCCCCUCUGGAGUCUGUGAUAGUUCUGCCAGCAGAGAGGUGGAGAGCACCAAGAGCCCAAAGCCACGCAGAAGAGGAAGGUGCUCAUCCUCGGCUCCAAUUCUCCCACUGAAUGAGUCUCAACCAAAAACGGAGCAAGCUUUGAUCCUAAUAGCUCCCCACACCUCGGCGCCCCGCCCCCCCGGGGCCCCGCCCCCUCGGCGCCCCCGCCCCCCUCGGCGCCCCCCGCCCCCUCGGCGCGCGCCCCGCCCCCUCGGCGCCCCGCCCCUUGGUCCGCACUCCGCCCACAGCGGACGCACGCUCCCGCAGUUGUCGUUUGGCGCCAAAUCCUUUGGUCCUUGA